CCCCACGUUGUUUGGUUCAAUGUUUUGAAGGGUGGGGAUGCGUGGCUUUUCUCUAUUCUGUAUAUUCUAGGAAAAUUCAUUGAAUAUUCUGUUGUGGUGAUAAUGCCUAGUGUUCAGCGUGAUGUACUCGCUUUAAUAAAAUUCCAAGCUGAAGGAGACAACCAGGAGACGAUCUGCAUCUUUAGUCGAGUCUUUGCAAGGAAUAGUCCGAUACAGAAAGACAAAUUUGGUAUAGAAAGUAGCGAUUCAGAUGAGGAAUUGGACAGCUUGCAAGAUCAAUCCUUUGUCGUUUCAGACGAGGAGGACUCUGAAGAAUACACCAGGAAAAACUCCGUCAUAAAUAUCAGCAAAUUAGACACCAACGUACAUUUUCCCCCGUAUCUAAGUCAUGGUGAUUUUGAACACAAAUCUUUAGCCACUGGAUUGUUUGCGAAGAGCGAUAACGAUCAUGAAAAUUCGAGCUGCUAUCACACAGCAUCUCAUACGGACAACUUUUCAACUGAUGAACACGAUAGCAUAAAAGACAGUCAAAACGUUGUGACUCAGUUCAAAGGGUUACAUGUGACGGAUAGUGGGGCCGAUCUACCGGAACUUGCACAUGAUGUCGAGUACUUUAAUGAACUGGACACCAAAUGGCAAACAUUUUGGACAGAAAAUGGAGAAAAACUGAUCUGGAAUGCGUGGAUAACUAAAUACAGUGCAUUUAUCAACCCCAACUACGUGUCUCAAAACAUCGAAAAAGAGUCAGGAAAUCAACUUGGAACAACCAAUAGUAAUGACCAUCCGACGACUUGUUUGGAGUCAUCCCGUUUUAGUUUCGACGAAAACCUGAUCAAAACCUCGUCGGACUCUCAGUUGAAACAACAACAAGCGGAAAAUUCCACAAAAAAAUUACCACUUUCCCGUUUUUUAUCCACAAGCGAAGAGAAAAUAUCGACCGAUGUAUCAGAAGGAUGGAAUCCACUGUCUCCUGUGAGCAUUGAUUGUGAGACGGAAGCAGAGCGCCUGCUGAGCUCACGGUGCGGCUCACGAACAAGUGGCCGUUCGUUUAGAACAGUUGAUUCUAUGACCAAUGUAACUCGUAUAUCCGUCAGUUCAUUAGACUUGGGAAGCAGCCAGAGCAGCGACAGUAUUUCGUCUGUGAGCUCGGUUAGUAGCUCGGAGGGUUCAGAUGUUGCCGAAGAAGAUUAUCAGGAGCAGUGGAAUAAUCUUUGGAAGGAAAACUACGAGAAAGAAUACAUUUUCCAGUAUAAUAAAUUUAUUGCCGAUAAUCAAGAGACUGACGAUCAUGUGGAUAUUUUAAAAGACAUCCUCGAGGUGAAAGAGUUUGAUAAUGUUACAGUAGCUAGUUCUGAAACUCUCAUUUGCGACGAUUUUCGGUUCAAUGAGCAAUGCGACAAAAGACAACAUCUUUUCGAAGUGGAUUCAUUGAGUGAAGUGAAGAGCGAUACUGAACUUUUUAAAAGUCCUUCGCCGCUGACCGUGGAUCAUUCUUUAAGUGACUACAAGCGCGGAUUCUCAAUCAUUAGGAAAUUUCGAGAUAGAGCGGCCUCAUUAAACACUGACGUUUCAGACUCUGAAGUUGGAUCACCAAUUCAUUUGAGCGACUUAAAAGGAAGGAGCUUGAGGACGUUAGGAAUGGAGGAGAAAUGUGCAGACGUCGCUGACCAAACGGAAUAUUUAAGCAACGAGGAAAAAGAAGUUAGUUUCUAUAUAGAAGAAACAGAGGAUUUAGCGAUGAUGGCCAAUAUGGGCUUACCCACAUCAUUCGGGAGGACUUUACCCGGAAAAAACGAGUCAAGCAACGCACCCAUUGGAAAACCGAGCAAAAUCAGAGGAACCCAACACGUGAAGGCUGCCUUAAACUUAUUGGGUGUGGAGUUUAAUGCGGAGGAGCUAGACAAAACCUUGUCCGGUAAAGUCGAGUAUAAGAUGAAGCAUAUUCGCCAUCAAAAUAAACGACUUCAGUUCACCAACACGAGGAAACACAUUCGAUUUGAUGAAGAUACUUUCGCUCCCUGCCUGGGAUGUUCGGAUAAUUUAGCACAAGAGCAGAUGAGUGGAUCAAAGAGCAGUGAAGACCUUAAGGAUGGAGAAGUUGAUUCGUUUGAUAAAUAUGAAGAUCAGCAAACGGGGACUUCUGCAGGUGCAGAGUUGACAGAACAGAAAGACUAUAUUUUUGAAGAUUACAAACAGGAAAAAUCUAAAUCAGGAAAACGCAGGAAGCGAAAGUCCAAAAUCAAGUAUCCACCAGAAUUGGAAGCAAAUAAAAAAUUGAGAAAAUUCUGGCCGCGGAGAUAUUCGCUCUUUAGAAAGUUUGACGAUGGGAUUAAAUUAGACGAAGAGAGCUGGUACUCAGUUACGCCUGAACUUGUGGCAAAACAUGCCGCAGAGAAAUGUGCGUGCGACGUCAUAGUAGAUGCCUUUUGUGGAGCGGGAGGCAAUUCCAUUCAGUUUGCUUUAACUUGUAGCCGAGUGAUAGCCGUUGAUGUAGAUCCGAAAAAAAUAGAGUUGGCAAAGAAUAACGCUGAAGUAUACGGUGUUUCGGAUAAAAUCGACUUUAUUAUUGGCGACUUCUUUUCUCUAGCCGAUACAUUAAAGGCGGACGCAGUAUUUUUAAGUCCUCCCUGGGGCGGUAUAGCGUAUGCGAAGCAGGCAGUUUACGAUUUGGAAAGUAUGUUGCAACCGGUCGGAUUUUCCAGUUUGUACGCCGCGGCAGCGAAAAUAUCGAAAAAUAUAAUUGCGUUUUUGCCAAGAAACAGCAAUACUGCUACGCUCAUUAAGAUGGCCGGACCAGGAGGCAAAGUGGAAAUAGAACAAGAUUUCAUAAAUAACAAGCAAAUUUCCAUAACAGCGUACUUCAAUGAUCUAAUAAGGGACUCGUGAAUAAGCAAUAUUCUUCCUAUAGCCGUAGGUUAGUAGCUAAGUUAAAAUACUUUAUUUUUAAUACUGUGUUACUGUUCCGUUCAGUUUUAAUGAAAAUAUGUAUCGGCUUUCGCCUUUAAUAAUUUUUUUUAUAUUAAAGUACUGAAGGAAAAUUUUGCUACGCAUCGUUUAUUUUCCGAAAUAUGGAACAUUAUUGAAACGUAAAAAUACACAGAUACCUUGAAACACA